UGUAUAAAUAGUGGUUUAUGCAUUUGUUUUUUCAUGUGUCAACGGGCGUCAACACAUUGUCAUAGUUUCAAACAUAAAAUAAAAAAGAAAAAAAUAUAGGUUUAAUAUUUAUACUAGUUUAUACAUUUUUUUUUACAUUAAAAUGGUGAAGAACAAACGAGAAAUCACUCCUAAAAAAAGGGGUGCUUUAACAAUAACCAAACCUUUAGCCAAACCGACAAAUUCUGUAAAUCGUGGAGUACCCGCGGCCAAUAUUAAAGUCGUAGUUAGAGUUAGACCCCUCAAUGAGAAGGAACAAGGCGACAACAGUCGGAAUGUUAUCCGAAUAAUCGACAAUCAAAUGUUAAUUUUCGACCCCAAGGAAGAGUCACAGCCCUUUUUUUAUCAGGGAGUGCAACAGAAAGGCCGAGACCUGCUGAAAAAGUCCAACAAACAUCUGCAGUUUAUGUUCGACAAAGUGUUUGAACCAGGCCUGGCUAAUAAUGAAGUAUUCCUGAACAGUACACAUACACUCAUCGAUUCUCUAAUGGAUGGAUACAACUGUUCAGUAUUUGCUUAUGGAGCUACAGGUGCCGGUAAAACGUUCACGAUGAUAGGCAACAGCGAAAUGCCGGGCAUCACCUGCCUCACCAUGGCGGAGCUGUUCAAGCGCAAGGAGGAGCUGAGCGCCGAACGCGAGUUCGAACUGGCCAUAACCUACUUGGAAGUUUACAACGAGAACGUGCGGGACCUGCUCAAUCCCGGACCGGCGCUCCAUCUGCGGGAGGACGCCCGCUACGGCGUCACCGUGGCCGGUAUAAAGUUACACCGCAUCGAGAACUCGGAGGAGCUGUUCACGUUGUUAGAGACCGGCAACAAGAACAGGACGCAGCAUCCCACGGAUGCGAACGCGGAGAGCUCCCGGUCGCAUGCCGUCUUCCAAGUUUACAUACACAUGACCACUCGUUGCACGCGGGAGAUGCGUACAGCCAAAUUGAGCAUGAUUGAUUUGGCGGGCAGCGAACGUGCGUCGGCCACCGGUUGCACGGGCGCCCGUUUCGCCGAGGGGGCGAACAUAAACAAAUCGUUGCUGGCACUGGGCAAUUGCAUCAACAGUUUGGCCGACGGCCACCGUCACAUCCCGUACAGAGAUUCGAAGCUCACCAGACUGUUGAAAGACAGCCUGGGCGGCAACUGUCAGACGGUGAUGAUCGCCAACGUAUCGCCUUCCUCGCUUACCUACGAGGACACGUACAACACUCUCAAGUACGCGACACGUGCCAAGAAGAUCAAGUCGACGAUUAAGAGGAACGUGGUCAACGUCGAGAUGCACGUGGGGCAGUAUGUCAAAAUCGUCGAGGAACAAAAGGCCGAAAUUAUGAUGUUAAAGAAGCAGCUGGCGGAGAAAUCAGCAGUUGCAGUGGGUCCUACAGAACAAGACAUCCCUCUUCUGUCACAAUUAAUCGAACUUUUUAGACAGAAGAGGAGUAUUGUUGAUAGGACUCAUCAUAUAGAGAGUCUUAACCAGGGAAUGAGCCUUAGGAAGCAAAUGAAGGAAGACGCCGAUGCCCGAGUGAGCGAUCAUUGCACGGACACUCCCGAAAAGGUGGAAGCCCACCGAAAACUAGGCAACAUAUUGACACGCUUCCAAAACAAAAGCGACGCCUUGAAGGAGGAACUGAUACAUUUGCAGAGAGAAAAACUCGCCCUGGAUUGCAAAAUCAACGAUAUGCUGACACAAAACCCAAAUCUCAAACAGGCCGCCGAAAUUGAGAACAUUAAAAUAUCAGAGAGGGAAUCUAAUUAUAAGUACGAACUGUCUGAGAAAAAGUUGGAAAUAAUGGAAGACAAAAUGAAGUCGCAACAGGAACUCUUUGACAAACUGUCUAGUUUCAUUAAACCAGUAUACUUAAGCAUGAAAGGGCACGGAUUGGCAACGGAAGAAAUGACGCGUGACUAUCAAAUGUUAUCGAAGUGCAUGGAAGGGGUGAAAAGUAUUAAAUGGGGCGAAACCGUGUUUGAUUCGGGAGUCAGUUCAUCAAGCACAUCCACUCUGUCUGUUUUAGAAGUAGAUUCUAGUAGCUCGACGAGACUUGACAAUGACAAAGAGGAAGAUUUGCUUAAUGACACAUUUACUUUAAACUCAAAAUCAAGCAAAACAUGCGCAGAAAAAGUCAUGGCAAAAGUUUAUGAAUCACCAGCAGCGAAACGUUUGGCAAGAAAGUUAGUGUUAAAAGAAAAUAAAGUACCUCGACGACCAUUAUCUAGAGUUAGGACAGAUUCAACGAAAGUUAUCAAACCACGAAGCGCCUCGAAUCGACCUCCAUUCAGAUAAAGAAUGUUUGUAAACCCUAUAAAUACUAUAGUUUUUCAUAUAUAAUUUGCAAUAUUUAUACUUUAUUUAUUUUUAUUGUAAUGACUAAUACUUAUAUGUAUAUAUCUAUUUUAAGUAAGAAUAAAAUUAUUUAUAUUGUUAAUAGCUGGGAUGUUAACCAGGUUAAUCUAAAAAUCUUAUACUAAUAAAAGUGCUUUAUAUUGACUGAUAA